AUGGAACGAGUAAGGGAUCUGGCAUCGAAGAAAGCGGCAGUGAUUUUCACGAAGAGCUCGUGUUGCAUGUGUCAUAGCAUCAAGACUCUCUUCUACGAGCUAGGGGCAAGUCCUGCGGUCCAUGAACUCGACAAGGACCCACAAGGCCGAGACAUGGAACAAGCCCUCUUUGGGGCCUUCGGCUCUACUCAGGCUGUCCCGGCGGUUUUCAUAGGUGGGAGGUACGUCGGCUCAGCUAAAGACAUCAUCUCCUUCCACGUGAAUGGCUCGCUCAAGCAAAUGCUAAAGGACUCCAAAGCAAUUUGGUUGUGAUUAAUUACUGUUAAUUCGCUUACAUAUCGUGAUCAAUGAUAUAUUUAUAUAAGUUUAAACUUUAAACUA